UGCAAUUCUAAAAUUGAUGAGCCUUGUACUUUUGUUUACAUGAAUUGUUACUUUACAGAGCGAGGCUACACAUGUUAGUCAAGGAUCGAUUAAAGAUACAGAGUUUUGUGAAGCUUCAAAACUCACAAGAACAGUAGUAGACAAUUGUCCAAAGAAUUAUGCAGGAGUAAUGGAAGCUGCAAACAGGAAGAACUGCUCAGCCAUUAAAAGUACUUGUUUAGGGAGGUUAGAGUACCACUGUGUUAUUAAUCCUUGGGGAAAUCUUACUGUGGAAGUGUGUGCUCCUGCCACACAAAUUCUUGCAGGUUUUUGUGCCGAGUACAAUGAAGGUGGAGGAAAGAUACAAGAUUAUUAUGAAAAAACAUGUUCAACAUGCAAGAGAAAGUAUUUGUCUACAGAUGCAUACAAAUAUCCAGAAUGCUAUCCAAAACCAAAAGGGUAUGCAGAAAAAGAAUUGCAAGACAGUUUUCACAGUCCAUCAGUUAAAAAUGGAGUGAAAGCCAACAUCUUAAAAGUGAACAACGAACUUUUCUGCAUCCAAAUACUGCUGAGUUUGCUAUACUUUCUUCUACAGUACAUCUCCAAUAUGCUAUGAAGAGCGAUAUGUUUUAUUUUGGAUUUCAACCCGAUUUCUUCAAUAGCGUGCCCCUGCUUUGAUGAAGUUGUACAUUCCUUCAAGCAC